GUGAGUGACAUGUCAGUAAGUUGUGCUGAGAUACUCAUCAUGUACAGAGAGAAGUAGUUCAUGACCCAACCCGCUGCCAGCUGACCGCAGCUCGCUCAACUCUCCAGGUUAUCAAUAUGGCCUCAUGGAUUAUUCAGAUGACUGUGAUGGUGCUGUCUGUCUUCACCAGCAGCAGCCAGGGGAGGAGGGACAAGGAACUCUACUGCUCUGCAUGCAAGGCAAUCGUGGAUGAACUAAACUACUCCAUCAGUCAGGUGGACCCAAAGAAAACCAUCAACGUCGGCGGAUUUAGACUCAACCCUGAUGGAAGCAUGAAAGACAAAAAGGUACCUCUGGCUCGCUCAGAGUCUCACCUCAGCGAGCUCCUCGAUGGGGUGUGCAACAGCAUGAGCGACUACGCCCUCCAUGUGGACCCCGACACCCAGCUCAAACAGUACAAGAGGUUUGCUCCCAGGAGCAGCGGGGGCACCGGGGACUUCCCCGACUUUAAAAAUUUCCAGUUCGACGGACCAGAGACAUCAACUGCACUGAAAUUCGCAUGUGAAACCGUCGUGGAGGAGCUGGAGGACGAUAUUGUCUCUGUGUUCAGCCAGGACAUAGAGCAUGCACACCAGGAGUUAUGCAACAGAGUCUCAGACUACUGUAAAGACAGCAGUCACACAAACGAGGAGUUAUAGCGUCCCAGUUUUUUCACUGGAGGAAGGCGGGACCAGUUUUGUAACAGAGAUCUCAAAAAAAGAGCCUUUAACCACAUCAGUUUUUCACAAAUAAUUGUCAAGCUUUUUAAAUAAAUGAAAGAAUAAAUCUUUGAGAGAC